AUGACUCAUAUAGGAAUAAACUUCACUGUGACUGAGUUUGUGUUCCUGGGGCUUUCCUCUGAGCCCAAGACACAGCUACUUCUCUUCGUGGUGUUCUUGUUCUUCUAUGUGCUAACGGUGGUUGGAAACAUCAUCAUCAUCACAGUCAUCCAGAUAGAACCCCGUCUCCAUACCCCCAUGUACUUCUUCCUCACUAACCUGUCCUUUCUGGACAUUUGUUACACUUCCACGAAUGUCCCACAAAUGCUGUCCAACAUGUUGGGGAGGAAGAAAACCAUCACAUUCUCCAGCUGUGCAACUCAGAUGUACUUCUCCCUCUCCUUUGGGAUGAUCGAAUGCGUUCUCCUUGGUGUCAUGGCUUAUGACAGAUAUGUGGCCAUCUGUCAUCCUCUUCAUUAUACUGUCAUUAUGGACCAGAGCACCUGUGUGCAACUGGCAGCAAUUUCUUGGUCCAGUAGCUUCCUGAGUUCCAUGGUGAUCAACGCACUCACCUUGAGUUUGCCCUACUGUGGGCCCAAUGUCCUGAAUCAUUUUUUCUGUGAGGUGCCUUCUGUCCUGAGGCUGGCUUGUACGGACACUUCGCUCACUGAGCUGGUAGUGUUUGUUUUCAGCAUCAUCAUUGUCUUCAUCCCUUUCCUGCUUAUCGUUAUCUCCUAUGCCCGGAUCCUUCUGUCUGUUCUUAGGAUGCGCUCGGCCUCUGGGCAGUACAAAGCGCUGUCCACCUGUGCCUCCCAUCUUACAGUGGUGGCCUUAUUCUAUGGCACUGCCAUCUUCAUGUACAUGAGACCACAGUCCAAGUCAUCCAGGGCUGGAGGCAAGGUCAUUGCUGUGUUCUACACUAUAGUUACACCCAUGCUUAACCCCAUAAUCUAUAGUCUAAGGAACCAGGAUGUCAAAGGAGCUUUGAGGAGGGCUAUUGCAAAACAGAAGGCAUAA